UGAACGCACGUCUGUUCAACGGUCUUUCGCGUUAAAAGUUCGAUAUAUUUGCGUGAGAAUAUUGUGUUCAAUAUUAUUAUUCUUGGUGACUGUGACUGUGAAUUUCAUCGAUUUGUUUUUUAUGUAGUGGUGUCAUCGAGGAUGUAAGAGCGAUGUGCGCGCCGGCUGCCGCGGCGCUUUUACUAGCUGCGCUCGCCGCACUUCCGUGCAAAGGAACGGACGCUGACACCUCGACAAUUCCGAGCGAAACCAAUGAAACAACCCAGCCAACGAUAAAUAAGGUCUAUCAAAUGCUGUACGCUACUACCGCCUCACAUAAUGAAACCAACCCCAACUUUAAUUACUCCCUCAAUGUUCUACAUAGUUUCGAACCUAAGCAUUUCUCUACAACGGAGAAGAUAGAUAAAUCAAAAGUAAUGUGUUGUGAGAACCGCACAGACGUAAUGUACAAAAGUUUAGAUAACGGUGCUAUUGUGGCAAAUAUGUUAGAUAAGGACAUAAUAAAUAGAAAGAGACGGGUUGUGAAUGUGUUGCGGGAUGUAAACGUGCUACGGGACGAGAACGUUACGAUGGAUGGUUUUAUGGAACCUGCUGUGACGUAUCCGAGCCUUCAACCGAUGGCUUUGGAGAGGAGACGCAAGCAAGGGGAAGCUGGGUCCAGUGCGCCAUUGCUCAACUACAUAUUUGAUACGUACUCAAACACACAUCAGCAUAGAAAUGAGAGAGUUGGUACCGGCAACAGCAUAUACGUGGCAGCGGGUCCGGAGAUCGAGGCGUUGGUGGGCUCCACAGCACUCCUGGACUGCAAGGUGGACGCGCUGCACGAUAAACUGGUUUCGUGGGUACGUCGGAAAAACGACGAGCAACCGAUGGAAUUGCUAACAACUGGAACACAGCAGUAUACGGCAGAUGACAGGUACUCAGCCCGCUUCAUACCGCCAGACAUCUGGAGGCUGCAGAUAAAAGAAGUGAGGCAGUCUGACGCAGCAUUUUACGACUGCCAACUGUCCGCUCAUCCUCCGAGGACUGCGCGGGUCACUUUGAGGGUACCUGAGGUAUCAGUCCGUAUAGUGGACGGUGCUGGUGCCGAAGUUUCCGAGCAAGUAUGUGAGCUUGGCAGCACUGUAGCCUUGCGGUGUGAAGUCAGGGGUCUUCGCAUGGAAGGCGGGCCUUCUCUGCUGUGGUACAGACGAGAAGCGCUGCUCAAUGAUGACACAACUAGAGGCGGAAUCAGUGUCAGAACAGAGUUUGGUCCAAACGGCGCUAACUCCGUGCUCCGCGUAGCACGUGUGAGAAAUGAUGACGCGGGCCGCUACACAUGCAACGUCGCCCGUGCCCCUGCGUCCGCACCGUCCACCGCUCACGUCAUUCUACAUGUUAUAAAAGGGGAAAGCCUGGCUGAGCUACACCAAGGCGCGUGGACAAGGACAGCUGCCCCGUUGCAUAUCGCCAUUACUUUCGGGACGUUGAUAGUUUUACACAUAAUGUACUAUGACAUAUAGAUAAUAAUAAUAAUAAAUUGUUCAUAUUUGAAUAUA